AUGUCUGCACAAUUAGGUGCAGAGGGUCUACAAUUGAUCCCUCAAGGGACAGCCUAUGGCUUGCUUAUAGGUCUAGGUGUACUAUUCUGUGCUGUCAUUUUGGUUGCUAUCAAGAUCCAAAAAGCUUAUCUAUCCGAGGAUUCUGGUACCUCGGAGAUGUUUAUGGUUGCGAAUCGAUGGGUUGGGACAGGGUUAACAGCAUCAGCGGUGUUCUCGUCAUGGAUGUGGAUCAAUGAGACCGUUUUAGCUGCAGCGAUGUGCUAUAGAUACGGAUUAGCAGUCCCUUUAUGGUGGGGAUCAGGCCUCUGCUUCCAAAUCGCCUUGAUGGCGGCACUGGGAGUCAUGGCUAAAAUAAAGGUCCCAUAUGCCCGCACAUCACUCGAAAUUAUACGUAUGCGAUACGGCAAAAUUGGGCAUAUUAUAUUCAUCAUACUAAAUCUCACAAACAACGUUUUCGGAUGUGCUUCAAUGAUUCUGACGGGCUCCCAACUUAUCUACGGGGUGUCGGGCAUGAACUUUGUAGCAGCAACUAUCCUUAUUCCUCUCGGAGUGGUUCUUUACACGGCAGUAGGGGGCCUCAAGGCAACUUUUCUCACCGACUUCCUUCAUACCGCCGUUGCUUUGAUCCUAAUCAUAUACUUCACGCUUUCUGUCCUAACUCAUCCUGCAAUUGGAGGACUGGGCGGUCUAUAUGACAAAGUGGUCGCUACUGCUAGCCAAAACUAUAUUCCAGGGAACUACGAAGGUUCUCUACUCACGAUGAAAUCUAAGAAUGCAAUCAUAUGGGGCCUGAUCCUGAAAUUUGGAAAUCUGGCUCUUGUUGUCAUGGAUACUGCAUUCUGGCAGAAGUCCUUCGCCACUGAAGUCAAGGCUACAGUUCCAGGAUACAACAUCGCCGCGAUAGCCGUCUUCGGUAUUCCAUGGGGUUUGGGGACUGUUAUCGGUCUAGCUGCCAGAGCCCUGCAUAAUACGCCCAUCUUUCCCACGUACCCAGGUCCUAUCACUGAGGCGGAGGUCAACUCCGGCAUGGUUAUGCCUUACCUCGUUAAAGCCCUCAUUGGUGAUAAAGGACUAGUGGCUUUCUUUGUUUUGUUAUUUAUGGCUCUAACAAGUACAGUGUCGUCCUCAAUGAUUGCCGUGAGUAGCAUUCUGUCAUUUGAUGUCUACAAGACCUACAUCAACCCGAAGACAUCAGAUAAGAGACUCGUCGGCGUGAGUCAUAUUACAGUCGUCCUCCAUGCGAUUUUCAUCACCGGCAUCUCGAUAGCCAUGAACUAUGGUGGCGCUAACAUGACCUGGAUCGGCUACUUGAGGCCCAUCAUCUCGUGUCCUGGCAUUAUUCCUUUAGGUCUCACAUUAUUCUGGUCGGGCCAGACAAGGCUCGCAGCAAUACUGUCACCUGUCCUCGGCUUCUUCACUGGCCUUGCUAUUUGGUUGGCUACGGCGAAAUCGAUAUAUGGUGCCGUUAAUAUGACCACCACCCAGCAAGGUGUUCCUGCGCUUUACGGAGCCAUUGGGUCGUUUUUCUCCCCCGCUCUAUACUCGGUCAUCAUAUCCCUCUAUAAACCGUACAAAUUCGAUUGGCAGGAGUUCCUUCGAAUUGAAAUUGUCGAGGACGCGCAACUACACGCAACUCCCUCAUCAGCCGCUAACUAUACAAAGAGGGAUGGCAUCGUGGAAGAGAAAGCUGUUGAUGAUUCUAUUCGCCGCAUAGCCGGGGAUGCCCGUCUAGAAGCUGUCGAGCCAAAUGACCCUGAGCACGGUCAUGGAACUUAUGAAAAGACUUUAGUUUCUGCAACCUCCUCUUCGGCAAAGCUUAGUCUGGAUGACGUUCGCCAUCCAUUCGAUGACAGAACAUUGAAAGAACUAUACCGAUGGUUGCGUAUCUCCUGGAUCAUAUUUGUUCUAAUUGUCCUGGUCACGUUCAUUCUCUGGCCGAUGCCGCUUUACCGGAAUUAUAUCUUCACCAAAUCAUUCUUCUCGGGUUGGACAACUGUGGCCAUAAUAUGGCAAUUUGGUGCCUUUUUCGCAGUUGUUAUAUUUCCUCUCUAUGAUGGACGACACGCAAUCGCGAAAGGUGCAAGAGGUGUCUGGAAUUCAUCCAAGAAAUAUCUUCGCAAAGAUGAGGAGUAG